AUCAACGGGGAGGAAGAUCGGUCAUAAAUUUGCAUUUCAAACGCGAAUAAAAACUUAAUCCUUCUCGUGUCAACUACAUAAUUAGAGGAGAAAAAUUUUGAUUUCGAUAGCGCCAUGUCUUCGUUAUCUCCUACCAAUAAGAAGUACACGACUCGUUCGCCAGAGCGCCUCGAGGACUCGGUUUCGUGUCGGCAGACGGAUGUCGUGCUUUCGGCUGUCAAUCAUUCCGCCGCUUCGUCCUCCACUAUCACUUCACACUCUGACCAAUCAUUCUACCAACAAUACACAAUAUUCCAUUCUGAUGAAUCGAAAUUUAAUGUUCCAUCGAUAGAAGACACGAUAACUUUUCCACGAUACACUCGUAGAUUAAACACCGGACAAAUAUUCGUAUGUUUGAAGUACUCGAAGAACGAAACGGAAUAAAAUUACACUUGGUCUAAGAUCUUCGAUGGUGGACGACUUUCUUUAUAACA